UUUCACAAAUAAGGAUUUAAGACUUAUGGUUUAUGUACAAGAAUUUAAUUAUAGUAUAUAAUAUAUAGUAUGGUGAACAAAAAAAAAUAUAUAAUAUAUAGUAUUAUUUAUUUUUCAGGGGGUAAAGUUGAGUAUCUGCUGUAAGCCUUAGGGAGUACAUUAAUUUCGAUUCAAACAAUUAAGUAGAGAUGUUUUCUGAAGAGUAGAGAUGUUUUCGUGGUUUAAAAAGUUCACUCUAAAUGCUCUAUUUGGUAGAGUUUGAGUAUUUCUACUAUGAUAUUUUAAUAAUUUUGGGCUAUUCAUAAACAUUUUUAUUAGUAAACAAAUCACACCUCCUAAAUAUAUAUACAACCAAAAUCAUUAUUAGAAUUACUUUUUGCAGAAAAUUAAAGCAUGAACGUUUUCUUUACGGUGGAUAAAGAAAAGAUCGAGAAAGACUACCACACAAAUCCAGCAAUUUGCAAUUGACAUAAAAAAAGUUGACCAAAACGUAGAAUUAAAUUCCAACAUAUCAGAAUAGUACUUUUCAAAGACAAAAACACAUUAGAAUAAUACGCAUCCGUUUUGAAUACGUCAAACAGUGAAUAAAAUACAUAACAUAAUUUUUUAAUAUUUAGUUAAGCCUUCCGUCAAUUUGCACAUUAAGACAAAGACAGACUAUAUUUAAAACAAAAAUAUCAGAUAGUAAGUUUCGAUUGUUUCGAUUUUUUAUAUACAUGAAACACUAGAAGUUUUGGUGUCCAUAUAAUACAUAUCCAUUCUGUUUUAAUAAAAACACUUUCUUUCAUCUUUGAAAAUCAAACAAUACACGUUUUCUCAUCCCUACCAUGGAAUAAAGAAAGAUCCCUAUAUAAAUAUAAGAAAGUUCUAAUAAAAACAUUUGCUGUUUUACACAUAAAUUAAGACAUGGGGAGUUUCCCUGCUUUGAUGAUCAUCCUCGCUUCGUCUCUUCUCACUGUCCUCGAAGUUGUUAAUGGUGCCAAAUGUUACGGAAGCUCCAACAGCAACAGCAGCUACUCUCGGAAUCGCGACAAUCUCUUCUCUACUCUUGCUAAUAAUGUUGUCACUAACGGCGGAGUCUACAACUCUUCUCUCGGCCAAUAUCCUAACAAGGUUUACGUUCUUGGCCUCUGCGCAAGAGGCUACGAGCCAAAACCUUGUAUCAGCUGUGUUGAAAAAUUAACUCUGGAAACACAAACGGGUUGUGGAAGCAUCAUGAAGUCGUUCAUAUGGGACAGUGACGAUGGAGACCGCGUUUCUUGUCUUGUACGUUCCUCAAACCACUCUUUUGGGAACCUCGAGCUUGAUCCUCCUGUAAUAGGGCCAAGUCCAAAUCAUUUCGCUCAAUCUGUAAACAUGACCCUUUUCAUGCAACAGUGGGAAUACACGGUUAAUAAGACCCUCGAGGCUGCCACAAAAGCUGAUACUUCCUCGAUGCACAAGUACUAUAGUGCUGUACACGCCCAGCUCACAGAGUUUUCAGAUGUUUACAUGAUGAUGCAAUGCACACCCGACAUAACUUCUCAAGAUUGCAAACAAUGUUUAGAAGAUAGUGUGAAAUACUUUAGAGAACAGUUUCGCGGAAAAACAGGGGGCAUGGCUAGUUUUCCGAGCUGUUUAUUCAGAUGGGAUCUAUAUUCUUUCUAUGGUGCUUUUGGUCAUGUUACAAGAGUUCCUGCACUUCCUCUACUUCAGGCUCCGAAAAAGGGAAGCUCUGUACCAGAAAAGAAAGCAAAAGACCGGAGGAGAAAAUUAAAUAACGGAAUAAAUGGUUGCACUUUAGAAUACUCAGAUUCGGAUGGCCAUUUUAUGUUAAGGUUUGAUCUUAGUAUGAUCAUAUUGGCAACGGCUGACUUUUCGCCUGAAAAUAAGCUUGGCCAAGGUGGAUUUGGUACGGUUUAUAAGGGGAUAUUGCUAAACGGGAAAGAGAUAGCUGUGAAGAGAUUAACCAGAGGUUCAGAAGGAGGUGUGGAGUUUAAGAAUGAGGUUUCACUCUUGACAAGACUCCAGCAUAAGAAUCUGGUUAAGCUUCUUGGUUUCUGUAAUGAAGGAGAUGAGGAGAUUCUUGUCUACGAGUUUGUCCCUAACUCAAGUCUUGACCGCUUUAUCUUCGAUGAAGAGAAGCGUCAGCUUCUUACAUGGGAAGUGAGGUUUAAAAUUAUAGAAGGAAUUGCUCGAGGUCUUGUUUAUCUCCAUGAAGAUUCUCAGCUGAAGAUUAUUCACCGAGACUUGAAGGCAAGCAACAUCCUUUUAGAUGCAGAGAUGAACCCUAAGGUUGCAGAUUUUGGGACAGCGAGACUGUUUGACACCGAUGAGACUCGAGCUGAAACUCAACGAAUAGCUGGAACCCGUGGAUAUAUGGCUCCUGAAUACCUGAAUCAUGGGCAAAUCUCAGCUAAAUGUGAUGUAUAUAGCUUCGGUGUGGUGCUUCUAGAGAUGAUAAGUGGUCGAAGAAAUAAUAGCUUUGUGGGAGAAGGAAUUGUAGCUUUUUCAUGGAAGAGAUGGGUUGAAGGAAAGCCUGAGAUCAUAAUUGAUCCUUUAUUGGUAAAGAAACCGAGUAGCGAGAUCAUUAAGCUGAUCCAGACUGGUCUGUUGUGUGCUCAACAAAACCCAACAAAGAGACCAACCAUGAGCACUGUAAUAGUUUGGCUUGGCAGUGAGACCAUCACCAUUCCUUUACCUAAGGCUCCUGCUUUCACAGCGAGUCGUUCCCAAUCUGAAGAUGGUACUACGUCAAUGAGCAAUGUCUUGACGGAGUUGAGUUGUCGUUGAGUUGCAAAUUGUUAAUUUAUAUGUCUUUUUUAACGUAGUACCUGAAGUUCUAAUUGUAUUGAACUGAGAAAGAGUAGCAAAAGUAUAAAUAGAUACAAUCCUAAGUUCUAGAAACCUCUACAGAGAAAAGAUUGCAAUGGCAGAAGCUGAAAAGGGAUUUUUAGUCGUUGUUUUGCAACAAUGCAGUGGUUGAUCAUGAUCAGCCGGCUUCGUGAAGUUUCACGUAUCAACAAGUACUAACAUGUGGAUCAUUUUUUUCUUCUUAUCGUUAUGUUUCGUAGAAUCCAACUCAUGAGAUAAUCAAUGUAAGAAAAUAUAUAUA